UUUUCCGUUCGUGGCGAACACACGCGUUUCCCAGCGAAAGCAGCGUUUGAAACUGCCGGCAUUUCGAAUCUCUUGGCCGUUAGAAGAAGUUGGCUAAAAGCGAACAAACCUCUCAUUUCGGUCGAAAAACUUCCGAUCGACAAAAACACAACAAGUGCGAUUGGCCAGUGCCACUUACAAUUAGCUGCAAGUGCAACUUGGCUACUUGGCUUUUUGGUUUUUUGGCUUCUUGGCUUAUUGGCAGGUGUUGCUGCAGGUGAAAUUUCGGUCGUGCCGGUUAGAUUAGCCUGACACCUUCAACGAUUCCGAUUCCCACAACGAUUCCCAUUCAGAAACCGAAACCCAAACCGAAACCCACUCCGUGUGUUAUUUCCCGCGCUAAUUGGCUUGAUUUUUGGCUCAAAACUAAAUAUCAAGUUUCAAUAUUUACCGUGUGCUCGCGAAAUCGGACAGUCUGUCACUUGCGGAAACCGAAAGAAGUCUAUAUACCUCACAUAUAUAUAUAUAUAUAUGAUAUAUAUCUUUUGGCAUCGGGCCAUCCUCAACGAGUGAGCUUGGAAAGCAGGCAGCCCAUCCUAUUUGCAUUUCAAAUUGUUUGCGAAGAUCUAAGAAAGAUUCGCCAAUUCUGAUCUGAAGGACUCUCGAAGAAGCCUACCCAAUAGCCCGUCAUCCGGUUGAGCGAUGUAAGAAGUGGCCAGAACGAAUAAAGUACAGAGCAACCAGAGAUUCAUCUUAGCCAAGAAAGAACAGGAACAAAGCCCCCGCAUCAUCAACCGUCAAGAAGCAGGCAUCAGGAUGAGUGGCAGCCAUAAAAUGUGGUGUUGUCAAGUAUUUAUCUUAGCUUUAUUUGCCCACACAAUUUCGGCGGAGUUCCAUAUCAGUGCAGCUCAGGCCGGCGUCAGCUUCGAUGGGCCCUCGCCGGCCCAAAGAACGGAUGCAGUGACUCCAACUUCCAGGCCAAAGCGUCGCGUGUACGCCUUGUGCCCGCCGCAGUUCCAUCGCGUGGGCACCGAUUGCUACUCGCUGGUGGAGCAGCGCAGCAGCUGGCUGGAGGCGCACUUCUUCUGCAAGGACAAGAACGCCAAUCUCACGGAGCCGGGCAAACACGCCGACCGCAAACUGAGACAGUUCCUCCAAAAACAGGAUGCCCUAUCAGGCGAAAAAGAUCCCAUUUGGCUGGGAGCCACCUAUGACCACCACAACAACCAAUGGCAGUGGAGCAUGAGCGGACGCAGUCUGACCACCGACUCCUUCAGCCGCACCGAUCCCGCCUAUGUGCAACUUGUCUCCAACAGCCAACCAUUGGAUAAUAACUGUGCCAUCUACGAUCCGAAUCUCAAGUACCGCUGGUCGGCGCGUCCCUGCUCGGAUAAGUUGCGCUUCAUCUGCCAGCACAAGAUGCCCAAGGUGAGCGGACCGAAUCGCUUUAAGAUCUACAACCGCUGGAACGCCACCUAUCCGAACCAGCUGGCCAACGAGGUGGUGCUGGAGAUUCUGGAACCGCGUGAGAAUGAUCGCAGAUUCCACCGCCGUGUUAAGGCCGAGGGCAGUGACGAGGAGAUGAUCAUCCCCAACCGACGCCGCAAUAAUAAUCGCCGCAACAACCAGAGGAACCGCCCAAUCCAAAACCAGAAUCAGCAUCCCAACGAUGUGAACUACCAGCCGACGGAGCCGCGUCAGAGGAAUCGUCCUCGUGCCUCCACAGUGGCGCCACCCGCUACCCAAUCGGUUAACCCAUCCAAUGAUGUCCUGACUGCCUCACCCACGCCCCAGCAGAUGACCCAGUAUGAUCGCAAGUUGCAACGCCAGCGGGAGAGGGAGCGUCGCCGCCAGUUGCGUCGCCAGGAGCGCCAGAAGUUGGCCAGGAAGCAAAAGCAGGAGAAGCAACGCCGCCUAAAGGAGGAGCGAUUGCAGCGGGAGGAGCAGCAGCGACGCCAGCGAUUGCAGCAUGAUCAGCCCAAGCCCCAGGAGAUCGAUGAACUGCGUCAGCGUUCUGAAGAGGAGCAUGAAAAGAAGCAAAGGGCUGAGCAGGAAAGGAAACUAAGGGAUGAGCAGGAAAAGAAGCAGAGGGAGGACCAGGAAAGAAAACAAAAGGAGGACCAGGAAAAGCAGCAGAGGGAUGAGCAGGAGAGGAUCAGGCAGGCGGAGGAGGAGCAGCAGGCCAGAAGCCACCAGCAGCAGCUCCACGAGAACCAGCAGCAGCAGCUCCGCGAACUCAAGGCCAAGCAGCAGCGCCAGGAACAGGAGCAGGAGUACCAGCAGCAGAAGCGCGAUCGCGAACUGGAGAUGCUGAAGCAACGCCAGUUGGAAGCCGAUCGCCAGCAUGCCGCCGAGACGGAAGCGGAGAAGCUUCGCCUAGAGCGCAUCCAGAAACAACGCGAACUGGAGGCGGAACAGCGAAGGGAACGCGAGGAGCAGCGUCGCAAGCAGCGCGAGGAGCAGGAGGAACUGGAUCGCCAGAAUCAUGCCAAGCGUUUGGCCGAGGAGAAGCGCAUGCAGGAGCUGUACGCCGAGCGACUCAAGCAGGCCAAUACGGAGCGGGAGAAGCAACUGGCCCAGGCCCACGAGGCCAAACGUCUCGAGGAACUGAAGCUGCAGGAGCAGCUGAAGAAGCAGGAGGACGAGCGCCAGGAGCAGAUCCGUCGCGAACAGGAGGAGGAGGAGAAGCGCCAGGAACUGCAGAGGCUCGAGGAAGCGCGACGCUUCGAGGAGAAGGAGCUGAAGCGCCUGCACGAGGACAACCUGCGGCGCGAGCAGCAGAAGCUUCAGCGCGAGCAGGAAAUAGCACUUCGCAAGGCCGCCGAACAGAAGCUGGCCGAGGAGGAGGAGAUCCUGCGCAAGGAGCUGAGCGAGGAGGAGCGGGCGGUGAAGCAGCGCCUGGAGGAAGAGAUGCGCCAGGAGGAGGAGUCGCGCAAGGCCAAGGAGGCGGAGGAGCGGGCUGCCGAGGAGGCCAAGGCCGCCGAGCAGAAGCGACGCCUGGAGGCGGCCAAAAAGCAGGCCGACGAGGAGGUCAAGGCCAAGCUGGAGGAGAAGCGGCGCGAGUAUGCCACUCGAAUCUCGGCCCUGAGUCCCGAGGACCAGAGGAAGUUCAUCGAGAUGCGCAAGCGGCGCAAGCAGCUUAAGGAGAAGAAGGAGCGUGACCAGAGGGCGAAGGAGCUCAAGCGGAUACAGCAGGCCAUGCGGUUGGACGAUAACGAGUAGGAGCCCAGAGAAGUCCAGUCGGUAGGAUCACCAGCCCCCAACUAACCAAUACUAACCGAGACAUAUCGAUCAAAUUGGUUCCACAUACGCACCGUUGCCCAGUCGAUCCCUUUUCGAUGGUUUUCUUUGUGCUUUAACUAAAAACAAAAAACACAAGAUGAACACGCAAAAGUAUUAUUUACCAGAAGAGAGAUGAUAUAAGCAGGAGCAUCGCUGCGAUUUAGGGGGGAUCAAAUUUCAAUUGCAUUUCGAUCGAGCAGGAAACCCAAUCUCCAUGCACUUCGCUAGCUCUUUUAGUACUGUACAGUAAAGAUAUUCUAUAUAUAGGUCUAGGAUAUAGACACACCACACACCACACACACACACACACUCAGCACACACACGGCAACCAGUCACGCAUGUUUCCUUAAUAACCGAACUAGAAGUUAGCAAUCAAUUUUAGAGCCAAUAACCCCAUCACACGCAAAUCACGGGAAUUUUUAAACUCAGCACAGAAACCACGGCAUAAUUAUAGUGAAGAAAACGUAAGAUUGAAUGGAGAACUCCUUGGGGUCAAAGUCCAAAUCCCAUGCCUCCCCGCACUCGGUUUGCCUGAGGUGUCCUCGGAUCGGGCACAGCGAAGCAAUAAUUUACUAAUAAUAAUCUUUUGAUAACAUCAUCGGAUGGUCACCGACCAUUUCCUAAAUUCCUAGGUUACACAACUAUACUUUACAAGGAUAUGUAUGUAAUAACUAAAGUAUGUUUAAAUGUAAAUUUUUAUGUAUUUUUUAAUACCUCAAAGGCGAAAAGCAAAAAAAAGUAAUGGAGAAAAUGAAAAUGGAAAACCCCGAUGGCAACUUUCAGUACGUUUUGUUUCGUUUAAAAUGGAAAUUGAAAGCUGGCAAGGACGGGCAUGAAAUCGAAAGGGAAAGCAAUUUUAUAGCCAAGUAAAUGCAUUUUAAUAGUAAACUAACCAAUUUUAAAUAUUAUUAAUCUACACACGGAGAAAUGAAAAGCGAAUAAAACUAAAUAGUCAGCGAGAAACGUAAGCAAAGAAAUCAUGAGAAGGGCAAGCAGAACACAAAUGAAAUACGAAAACAUAUGAUAAAAUUACCAUAUAAUAUUUAUGCAAGAUAAAUUCUAGUUAAGAGGCAAACAAAGUAAAUUAAUGAAUAAAGUUUGAAAAAACACAAAACAAA